UACAUCUUUUGCAGUUUCACUUCCCCUGGGUUGUUGUUUGGAAGUCCUAGACAUUGCUGAAAUGACAAGAAGUUUCCAAAUCCUUUGGUAGCCUAUACAUGAUCAAACACAGAAGGUUUAGUCUUCACAAUUACACACAUGAGCAACAUGGCAUCCAUUGAUAUUGUCUCCUUCCACAGGUGUUGACUAUAAUGCAGGAGGUUUACAUCGGCAUUCUUUUUCUACUGAUCCUGUCAAUGAUCCCGUCAACUCUUGAACACGACAUGGGUUGGCUCCAGAACUUUCUCCUCCUCUUAGCCCUCAGCCUCAUCAGCAGCUCCUCAGCAGCAGGUGAGGGCUGUAAGGAAUAUGGCCUGCAGUCUAAGCGGUCGUUCUCAGUCGUAGGGGAAGCUGCCAUGUUGAACUGCACCCUGGUAGCCCCUGAGGUGUUUGACUUUUGGAAUGUCUCCUACAACAUCCACUGGUACAGCGAGGACACACUGGAGCUGGGACAGGAUACAGAACGAACUCUUGUGAGGGGCACCACUCUGUGGUUCCUCAAUGCUUCGCUGCAGGACACGGGAACAUACUUGUGUGUUGUGAGAACUCCAACCCAGUGUUUCUCACAGACCAACUCACUGAUCAUAAACCAAACCAACUCACACUGUGACCGUCCAGAUAAAUACAUCCAGUACCUGACGAACCUGGUCAAUGACAAACUGGUCUGUCCCUUGAAGAACAUGAAAAGGGAAUUAGGAGAUUCUUACUCCUUCAAGUGGUACAAGGUAAGACCUAAGGACUGUCAGCCGAUUGAAACAGACGACAAGUUCAUGUAUCGUGAUGGCAACCAGAGUCUGACUGUAAAGCGUGUCGAGCCCAAGGACAGAGGCUUGUACACCUGCACUGUGACCUUUGACCUGGGGGGAAUCCAUACAAGCAUGUCAGCCACCAUCAACUGUGGAGUGAAAGAGGAAUAUGUUCUUCAACCCAGACUAGUGGUGCCUAUUAAUGAGUCGGUCAAGGCAGAGUUAGGGUCAAACUUCAGCAAGGAGUGUCGUGUGUUUGUUCCGUGUGUGGGAGAACAUUGGGUGGGUGUGUAUUGGCUGGCCAGCGGUGCUGAUGACUACAUCCCCAGUGACUCCACACGGAGAGUCUUUCACCAAAUACAACCGGACCAGAGACAGGUUGACGGGGAAAAGGGUGUGUGGCUGAAUCACCUGCUGACGUUCUCUGAAGUGAAGCAGGAAGACUUCUAUGUCAACUACUCAUGUCAUGUUUACAGUUCCCAUCAUUUUGUGGAGGCACAGUUCACACUCCUGCCGGCAGAUCCCAACCUGAUGCUUCCUGUCGGCCUGCUGUUAGGCUGCUUGGCUCUAAACUUCACUGCCGCUGUGGUCUUCUACUACCUGUUCAAGAUCAACAUCGUGCUCUGCUUCCGGGGAGUCUGCCCCUUCCUCUACACAGAAACAGUUGAACCCCCAAUUGAUAGUUCCUUUAAUGAACUGGCAACCAGAGUCUGACUGUGAAGCGUGUCGAGCCCAAGGACCGAGGCUUCUACACCUGCACUGUGACGUUUGACCUGGGGGGAAUCCGUACAAGCAUGUCAGCCACCAUCAACUGUGAAGUGAAAGGUGAUGAAUGGGGUCAGAUGGCUGAGCGGUUAGGGAGUCUGGCUAUUAAUCAGAAGGUUGUUGGUUCGAUUCCCGGCCGUGCAAAAUGACGUUGUGUCCUUGGGCAGGCACUUCACCCUACUUGCCUCGAGGAGGAUGUCCCUGUACUUACUGUAAGUCGCUCUGGAUAAGAGCGUCUGCUAAAUGACUACAUGUAAAUGCUUACAUUACUGACUAAUCUGGUUAUUGAUUGUAUUAAUUAACACUUGUUUAAAAGGGACCCUACAGGCCUAGAGUUAUGACUUCCUGACCUAGAGAGAAAUGCAACAUGAGGUCUUAUCACCUGGGGGAGAGACAGUUGGUCUGGAGACAAUGUUGAUUCGACUCUGAUUGUACGGAUUGAUUGUAUUGUUUUAAGGAGUGAGCCAAUCACAAAAGAGACAUGGGACAGCUACAUUGAUUGAUUGGUUGUAUAGAAUGACCAUAUGUUAUAAGUAUAUGACAAGUAUAUAUAAGUGUGAAUUGUGAACGCUACCAGUCUGUCAAACGACUCUCUCAUAAGGGUCGUCCGGUAGGACUGGUCACAGAGCGCUCUGUUACAUGCUUUAUUAAAAUAAAUAAUUUGUAUCAA